AUGUUAAAACCAAUCAUUGUUGACCAGUACGUCGCCGCUCGCGUCUACUUUGGCUGCGUUGUGGCCAUCUUCUUCCUUGAAGGCAUCAUACGCAAUGUUCUACUCCUACUGUCAAAGAUACGCAAAAAUAAACCGACACCCGCAUCCCACUGGGGUAUCACUGUCUUCCUCCAUAGAACCCUCACCCGCGCUGUUCCCAUCCCUUACUUUACCGACUACCACAUACUCGACGUUGUCCGCUUCGCCAUUUUUGCAGUCCUCAACGUCAUCUUCGCCCUAAACACAAAUCAGUACACGACCGACUACACCCUAUACGGCUGGCUUACCAUUGCCAACGGCGGCCUGGCUUUCCUCCUUGCCGCCCGCAGCAACCUCUUCUCCCUCAUCUUGCGCAUCCCCGCGCCCGUCCUCCUCCAGUACCACCGAUGGAUUGGUCUCGCUACCGUUGCCGAUGCCACGGUGCACGUUUCCUUCAACAUAAUGCACUUUAUCAACACAGACCAGAUUAAGAGCAACUUGGCCUCGGCCCGCAUCCAGGUCGGUCUCGCCGCGUGGGUGUGUCUGGUCAUCAUGCUGCUUACAGCACUGCCCAUUGUUCGUCGACGCUCAUUUGAAGUCUUUUACUACGCACACUUCCUCUUCUUUGUCUUUAUUGGCGGCGCGUUGUACCACACCACCAAGGGCCCUGAGUUCUUGCUCCCCGGCUUUGGACUGUGGGUGAUUGAUCGUGCGAUUCGACUGGCGUAUGGGUUCCGCAAGAUCACCGUCGAGAGCGCCACGUACUACGAGGGCGACUUGACGAAGCUGCGGCUCCGUGGAAUGAGGGCCGCCAAACCCGGUCAAAUGGUCUGGCUUCAGCUCUCUGGCGUCUCGCGUCUAAACUGGCACCCCUUCACAGUUGCGAGCAGCGUUGCUCUGGACGGUGACGAUGCGAUGCCGACCGCGACCAUGACACCGAGAACAACUGUUGCGAUUCGUGGACUGGGCGGCUACACAUCUGCCGUGCAGCAGCUUGCCGAGAAGGAGCCCGACUCGGCAGAAACGUCCAUCAGCAGCUGCAACUUGCGUGUACGUCUCGACGGUCCCUAUGGCGUCUCCCGGUUCAACUGGCACGACGAGCGUCUCGUAGUCCUCGUCGCGGGGGGUGUCGGUAUCACACCCGGUAUCAGCAUCGCCUCGUCUAUUAUCACAGCCGCCACCAUCGGUUCUUCCAGUCCUGCUGAGCCGCCUGUUACCACGCACAUCCAUUUGCUCUGGGUUGUCAAGGAUGCCACACACAUCACCUGGUUUGCCGAUGAACUCCGUUCCCUCCACACUCUUCUCUCCCGCCAGCCCAACCCGACUGUCCGUUUCAAUGUCAUGAUCCAUGUCACCAGCAACGUCUCUAGCACGCCCGCGCCGGCUUUGGAGCCCAGCAACUCUUCUUCCGUCGAGAUGAUGAAACAGGUGCACACCAUGUCGUCAGCGUCGCCGUCGUCUGUUCCGAGCAACGGUAACCCAUGGAGAUUGCAGCAUGGAAGACCAGACAUCCAUCGAUGGUUUACCAACUGCAAAGACACGGCACCCAGCGUAGACGCUGCCGUCAAUGUCUGCGGUCCGGCGGCACUAGUAUUAGACGUGCGGAGGGCAAGUGUGGCGCAGAGCUCAGGCAGCUGCCUGUUUCGCAUUGAAGAGGAGAGCUUUGAACUUUAG